AUGGCCAAAAUAACGCGCCGGGCAUCUCCUGGCCAUGCUGGCGACGUGAAGGUCGGAUAUUUAGUGGAACGAUCCCAUGGCCUCCGGGGCCGGCUGAACGCAGGAGCUGCCGUGGAGCUGCCGUCGCCGGGAGGGAGCGAAUUCGAUGCUCUGGAAGGGCCGGUACCCAGAAGGAGGCGCUUCACGGCCCGGAUUCUCGGAGCAUGGUCCCCGGAGAGCCGCGCGCAGCAGAAGGCGCCCGAUCUGUCGAGACGGAGCGCACGGAUGGAGUGGAGAGUUGAUCGGUCAAGGCACAGAUUAGACAGAACUCCCUCUUCCCGCAGGAGUUUGCCUGUCCAACAAGCACGAUUCAGGGAGCCGGGUUUGUGGAGUACCUUAACUAUACUAUCACUGUUUGCUGGGACACUCAUCGCAACUUCGGGAUGUCUGGUCAGCUCUGCCUCUACGCAACAAAGCCGCAUUGAACCACAAUCUCUGGCUGCAUGGAACCAGCAGAGUGUGAAAAACAUAAGCAUUCGAGACUUGAGCACAUCAGGAUUUCUCAGGUUUGAGCGUUCCCGACCACGCUCAAGAUUUGCCAGGAGAAACUCCAGAAUGCCUGCAAAUGGUCGUUGUCGCUUACAUAGCCUCGCAAUCAAAGUGCAGGAUCUGGGGCUUGGCUAUGAAACGAAGGAGUUUGUUUUGUUCAAUUAUUGCAGUGGGACAUGUGACCGCACUAACUAUGAUGAAGUCAUGAAUUAUAUCAUGCGGCAAGGUGUUAUUGGGGCCAAGUAUAAGAAUUCUGUUUCUCAAGUUUGCUGCCGACCUAUCAAGUAUGAGAACUUCUCUUUCCUGGAUGUGUACAAUGUCUGGCAAACUGUGCAUAAAGGUUCAGCAGUUGAAUGUGAUUGUGUGGGCUAAAUAUGUUAUCUGUUCAGAGCUCCCGGGGUUUAUGAAUUGACAUAUCCUUGUUCAUGCUACAGAGAGAUCAUAAAAGAUAGAUAUAAGAGAUCAUAGACAGCCAAUUUGGCUUAGUGGUUAAGGCAUCAGGCUAGAAAGU